CACGUGACACGGGGCCAAUCAGAAAGAAGCAUUUAUUUCCGCCUAUAGUGCUGUUCUAGGACUCAAACGCGGAAGUAGCUGCUGGAGAAGCUGCGCUCAUCACUGUAAUUAAGAUGCAGGCCGGAACAUACGUCAUUACUGGGGGCGGAGGAUAUUUUGGCUUCCGUCUUGCUUGCGCCCUCAGCAAGAAGUCCUUGAGAGUUGUCCUGUUUGAUGUGAAGCCACCUAGUGAAGCAUUGCCCGAGGGCGUGGAGUUCGUCCAGGGUGACGUUCGGGAUUUCACCCAGGUGGCGAACGCGUCGCGAGGUGCAGACUGCGUUUUCCACGUCGCAUCGUACGGGAUGUCGGGACGAGAACAACUCAACAGGAAGCUGAUCGAAGAGGUUAAUGUUCAAGGGACGAAAAAUGUCAUUCAGGCAUGUGUGGAUCUCGGGGUUCCUCGACUGGUGUACACUAGCACCUUUAACGUGGUCUUUGGGGGCCAGGUCAUAAAGAAGGGUGAUGAAACUCUUCCUUAUCUGCCUUUACACCUUCAUCCGGACCACUACUCCAGGACCAAGUCGGUAGCUGAAACAUUGGUGUUAAAGGCUAAUGGGUCUUCUCUAGCAGGUGAAGGUGGAGUCUUGCAUACUUGCGCUCUUCGUCCAGCUGGAAUUUACGGCCCGGGAGAGGAGCGACAUCUUCCAAGGAUUGUGGGAUACAUCGAGCAUGGCCUUUUCAGGUUUGUGUACGGUGAUCCUGAGAGUCUUGUCGAGUUUGUCCAUGUUGAUAACCUAGUCUCUGCACACGAGUUAGCUGCAGAAGCGCUAACAGGUGAACGUCAGCAUCGUGCCACCGGACAGGCUUACUUCAUCUCAGACGGCCGGCCGAUCAACAACUUCGAGUUCUUCAAGCCGUUAGUGGAAGGGCUGGGUUACUCGUUCCCCAAGCUGAGGCUUCCACUCCCUCUCGUUUACUUCUUCGCGUUCCUCACAGAAAUGGUUCACGGUGCGUUCGGACGCAUCUACAACUUCCAACCUCUUCUAACACGUGCUGAAGUUUACAAGACCGGAGUUACGCACUAUUUCAGUAUAGAGAAAGCCAGAGCUGAUCUCCGUUACAACCCCAAGGAAUAUGACCUGGGAGAAGUGGUGGAGUGGUUCAGGAGCAGAGGACGUGGGAAAAACCGGUCACCGCCUGUUAAAAAACUGAUCUUCGAUGUUGUGUUGUUUCUCAUCAUUGUGGCUUUGGUUCUCUUUCUGCCGGUGGUGGGUCAGUAAACUUUCACAGCAAGGUUUGUAGUAAAAUCCAAUUCUAUUGAUUUGUAUUGAAGAAAUUUUAGAGGUACACAAGAAUUUGUAGAAAACUAGUUGUAGAAAACUGCUAGAGGAACCAAAAACUAACAUUUUUAGAACUCGUUCUGGAAAUCGAUAGUGAUGUACAACUUGAAGAUCUUGAAAACAUUAGACAAUCUGUUCACCAAUCAGAACGUUAAAUGGAUUUUACUAACUUCUGAUGACCGAUUAGAAGAAGGUGGUGUCUCAGUGGUUGAGACUUAGGACCUCAUAAUUGGAAGGUUGUGAGUUCAAAUCCCAGCACUACCAAUAGACCACUCCUGGGCCCUUGAGCAAGGCCCUUAAAGUGCUCAGUUUUAUAAAUAAGAAUUGUAUGUCACUCUGGGCUUCAUCCAAAUGCUGUAAAUGUAAUUACAUUUUAAUAAACAUCUAUACCAUAACUUAAUAAAUGGACAAAGGAAUUUGACCAAUUAGAAGUGAGCACUCCUGAAUACUAAUCAGCAUUUUUGGAAAGUGUGUAAUAUCUAUGUUAGAAUAACCAGCAUGUGAAUAUUGUGUGUUUGUAUUUUAAUUUGUAUACAAUUUUAUACUGCAGUAUUUGUUUAACGUUUAUAUUUUAUGACUAGACUGACUCAUGGUAGACUUUUUAUUGUUUCAGUAAUAAAUUGUUUUACCACUUUU